AUGGCCAGCUUGAUAGCGAUCCUCGACCUCAAGGGCAAACCACUCAUUCAGCGCUCCUACCGCGACGAUGUCCCCGCCUCCUACAUCGACCGCUUCCUCCCGCUCAUCCUCGACAUCGAGGAGGAGGGCCAGCAGGUGACGCCCUGCUUCUCCAAUCAGGGCAUAAACUACAUGCACAUCCGCCACUCCAACCUCUACCUCCUUGCCCUGUCCCGCCGAAACUCCAAUGCGGCCGAGAUCAUCCUCUUCCUGCACCGCCUGUCCCAGGUCCUCGUCGAGUACUUCAAGGAGCUCGAGGAGGAGUCCAUCCGCGACAACUUUGUCAUCAUCUACGAGCUCAUGGACGAGAUGAUGGACUUUGGCUAUCCCCAGACGACGGAGAGCAAGAUCCUCCAAGAAUACAUCACGCAAGAGUCGCACAAGCUCGAGAUCCAGGUCCGCCCGCCCAUGGCCGUCACCAACGCCGUCUCCUGGCGCUCGGAGGGCAUCCGCUACCGCAAGAACGAGGUCUUCCUCGACGUCAUCGAGAGCGUCAAUCUGCUCGUCAACGCGAACGGCAACGUCGUGCGCUCCGAGAUUCUCGGCGCGGUCAAGAUGAAGUGCUACCUGUCUGGCAUGCCCGAGCUCCGGCUAGGCCUGAACGACAAGGUCAUGUUCGAGACCACCGGCCGAACCUCGCGCGGCAAGUCGAUCGAGCUCGAGGACGUCAAGUUUCACCAGUGCGUGCGGCUGUCGCGGUUCGAAAACGACCGGACGAUCUCGUUUAUCCCGCCGGACGGCGAAUUCGAGCUCAUGUCGUACCGGCUCUCGCAGGCGGUCAAGCCGCUGGUGUGGGUCGAGGCGGCGGUCGAGAACCACAAGGGCAGCCGCGUGGAGUACAUGGUCAAGGUCAAGGCGCAGUUCAAGCGGCGGAGCACGGCGAACAACGUCGAGAUUUACGUGCCCGUGCCCGACGACGCGGACAGCCCCAAGUUUAGGGCGUCGACGGGCUCUGUGCAGUACGCGCCGGACAAGUCGGCGUUCGUGUGGAAGAUCAAGCAGCUGGGAGGCGGGCGCGAGUUUCUGAUGCGCGCGCACUUUGGGCUGCCGAGCGUGAAAUCAGAACAAGACGUGGAGAAGCGGGCGCCGCUGACGGUCAAGUUUGAGAUCCCGUACUUUACGGUGUCCGGGAUCCAGGUGCGGUAUCUCAAGAUUGUCGAGAAGAGCGGGUACCAGGCGCUGCCCUGGGUGCGGUACAUCACGCAGAACGGCGACGACUAUAGCUUGCGGACGGCUUUGGAAAAGGGCAGCGCGCCUAUUGUGCCCAUGUAGGUAUCAUUGGAACCAUAGAUUCGGGUAUGUAUAUAUAUAUCGUGAACAAGAAAGGAGCGUGUGUGAGGCAUCUGCCUGCAGGCAGCGUCUAAGUGAGGAUCGGAGGAUAAAAACAGCAAGAAGAUGACGUGGCGCGCGCUACGGGGCCCUGACGCGUGGGACGCGAAGGGCGAGGAGGAGCUUGUUCCAGGCGCGGCGCAGGGAGCGUGGGCGCGGGCGCUUGCCGGGUGCGACGGCAGCGGGGGUGAUCGCGGUCGUCGCGUCCCCCUCCUCUUGGUCGUCUGGGGACGGGGACCAGUGUACGCGCGGGGAGCGCGAGCUGGAGCCGGUGGAGGCGGGGGGGCUGGUGUCGAGGCUGGUGUCGCUCGGGCGGCGGGCGAGGGAGAGGGCGGAGCGGGAGUCUGCGGAGUCUGCGGAGCGGACGCUGAUGGGGGAGGAGGGGCGCUCGGGGCGAUCGCGGCGGGAGGAGAUGGAGGCGGCGUAGGCCUUUGCGGAGACGGGGAGGACGACGCCGUCUGCGGCGAGGCCGAGACGGGAGAAUUUGGGUGCGGCGGUGGCGGAGAGCCAGUUCUCUGCGGGGUCGCGGGAGGUGGAGGGGGCG